AUGGCUCCCUACGGAGAAGGCUACACCAGCAGUGCGCGUGACAGCGCUCUCAGUUGCAGCAUUGCAGUAUCAAUCGCCGCUCCGGCCUGCACUUUGAGCCGGAAGAAGCAUGGAGCAAAUGGACACCAUAUUUCAGCUGCAGAUGAGGAUGGAGAAGACGACGGAAUCACGAGACCUUCUCGGGGAGAACGGCCAUAUCUGUGUUCGGAGUGCGGUCAGACUUUUAAACGGAAAUCCAAUCUGCAAAGACACGAGAGAAGUCACACGGGCGAGGGUUUUCCAUGUGUCGAGUGCGGGAAAAGUUUUCUGCGUAAAGAUAAACUCAAAACGCACCUGCAGAUGCACGCGGGUGAAAAGUUGCAUACGUGCCCAGAGUGCGGGAAAGGUUAUUUACGCAAAGCAGGACUCGAUAUACAUCUGAGGACCCACACGGGCGAGAAGCCGUAUUCCUGUCCACAUUGCAGGAAAUGCUUUACCACCAAGUACAGUCUUUCCCAACAUCGGUCGAUUCACACAGACAAGGGUUCCUUGACUUGUUCGGAGUGCGGGAAAAGUUUUGAAAGGAGAUCCGACUUCGACGUGCAUCAGAGAGUCCAUUCUGGUAAGCUGAUCUUUCCGUGCUCGGAGUGCGGGAAACUGUGUAUAAGUAAAUACCAGCUCACUAUACACCAGAGAAGUCACACCGGGGAAAGGCCCUUCCCAUGUUCUCAGUGCCAGAAAUCGUUCAUAGUAAGGUCAGAUCUCCUUGUGCACCAGAGAACUCACACUGGCGAGAAGCCAUUUUCAUGUCCGGAGUGCGGGAGAGGUUUCACACAGAAAGAAAACUUGAACAGCCACAUGAAAGUGCACACUGGCGAGAGGCCGUUCUCCUGUCCGGAGUGUGAGAAGUCUUACAUCCGAAAUAGUGAUCUGGUUGUGCACAUGAGCACUCACACGGGUAUGCAUCCUUUCUCUUGUUCAGAAUGCGGGAAAGGUUUUUCUCAUAAGGGAAAACUUCAUAGACACCAUAAAAUGCACACGGGUGAGCGGCCUUACACUUGUUCAGAGUGCGGGAAAAGCUACAGAGACAAUGGGCGUCUUCUUGAACACCAAAGAAGCCACACAGGAGAGCUCCCCUUUUUAUGUUCAGUGUGCGGGAAAGGUUUCAAACGGAAAUUUGAACUCGUUUCACACCGGAAAAGUCACUCGGGUCCGCGUUCUCUUUCCUGUCCAGAGUGCGGGAAAAGUUUUGUUGGUAAACGGGACCUUACUGUUCACCGGAGAAGUCACAAGGGUAACUGA